AUGGGUUUGCAGACGAAGAGCAGUUCACGGUCGUGCGGCCGGCUCCUCAACCUCCCCGACCACAACCACAACCACAACGACGUGAACGAGAACGACGGCAACCACGACAGCAACCAGAUCGGCAAUCCAUUCCGCAACCAAAUCAGCAACCGAACCGAGAACAAGACCACCAACAGAGUCAGACCCAACCUGAACCUGAAGUUGAAUGCCGGAAGCGACAGCGAGAAGGGCGCUGAACAGCCGAAUGUGAUUUGGAAGCCCCGAUGGCUACAAUCCUUCGUCCUUGGAACCUUCGCCGUUUUCUUCCUGCUCAUGGUGGCGGCACUCAUCCUUAUGCUGAGAUAUUCGAACAUUCAUACUGGCCUCGUUGAGACUCACGCCAAUACGGCUUACUUGUGGCGCAUUGGUCCGACGGCUGUCCUGACACUCUUGACGAUAUUUUGGGCCCGAGUCAAUCUUCAAGCCAUGCGAUACAUGCCUUGGAUCGCUCUGCGCCAGAAGCAGCCGUUUGGGAAAGACGGAUUCGGUUUGGACUACACAUCGAUGUGGUCUGGUGUGGUCCUGAUUCAGUCGCUUCAGAACAAGCACUACCUGGUGUUCCUGACUACCGUGGUGUCGGUCAUUCUUAAGCUUCAGAUCAUCAUGGCGCCUGGUCUGUACAGCCUCGUCGCCACCGGCAUCCCGAAAAACACGACCGUCGAGGUCUUCGACUCUUUCAACGUCAACUACCUGGCUGGCAACACACUAGAGACUGGCGCCUAUUACGAUGCUCGAGCAGUGCACGACUUGGAUAUGUUCUAUCCGUUCGGCGUCAGUAAGCUCGCUGCGUACCAAACCUUUCGCCAGACAGGUGGUCCUACCAGAGGAUCUUCCAGUAAUCCAGUGACCGCCCUCGUGGAUGGGUUCUUUUCCGACAUUCAGUGCCUCAAGCUGCAAACCCACUCGGUUACGGACACGCGAUACGGCGAGGAUGAAAACGGUGAUGUGGUAACCACUGUAGACGUCAACCUACAGUUCGAGGGUUGCCAGGAGGUCAUACCGAUCACCAACUACGAUGUGCCCCAGCCAAGCAUUCACAGCGCCCACUCUUGGGAAAUUUUUGGGACUGUCAACGAGACUCUUGCGCCGCAACGACCCUGCCCGAACCUCCCUCAACAGAAUCCGCAGUUCUUGUACUGGGUCGGGCGGUUUGAGAGAUCGGCUACGAACUCCUCUCGGAUGUACAUCGAGGAAGGUGCCGCAGUGCUCUGCGCUCCGACGGCUUGGUUGUCAAAGGUCAAGGUGGUCGACGAUGGCAUCAACCCGCAGGUGACCGUCAUGCCAGGUGAAGAAAAGACUCCGGUAGCUGUCAACACGUGGAAACUCUUGAACAACACGAUCCCACCUUCGUAUGGUGGCAAUUUCGUUUCUGGUACCAACGAAUCGAACACACAAGGGCCGGUGAAAGCAGACCAAAUGUUUUGGGGUCAAAACCCCGACCUGGCGGACACCAGCUUAUUCACCACCGAUGGCUUGUACGAUUCCGUCAAGAACCUGACAGAAAGCUUGGGGCCAUUCCUUGGGCACUAUUUCGUUCGACGAAAGGAUAACGCCGAUGCGCCUGGUGCUACUUCACGGGACACUGACAAGCUGGUGGUCAAUUACUGGAUUUGCGUGAUCAUGACUGCGCUAUUUGGCGUCAACACGUUCAUCGCGUUCUUCGUUGUUGUGCGGUACAGGCGGCGUACUGCAGUUUGGCACCAAGACCCGGCCAGCGUUCUCGGUAACAUGAUUGUCUUCCGUGAUCAUCCGGGGUUGGUCGAGAGUGUCCUUGACUCGUCCAUCGUUGAUAUUUCAUCGGCAUGGAGCCGUUCCAAUUUCAACCCUACGGUCCUAAAAGCUUGGGCGCGGAUAUCAUGCGGACUAUUUACGGCUUGUCUGGCCGCUGGUCUCGUGUAUACCCUCCGUCGAUCGGAAUCGUCCGACGGAUUUGUCGACGUCAACGAUGAGGAAAACUGGCAUCUCCUUUGGACAUCUUUGCCGGCCCUUGUCGGGCUAGGAGUGUACUGCUAUGUCAGCUCUUGCGAUUGGGCUUAUCGGGCUCUCGCGACCGUCUUCUCUCUGUCGACUAGACCGUGCGGCACCAAAGAGAUUCACGAUUCACUGUUGGAUAUGCUGGGGGUCAACGCUUUUGGUCAUUCCAUCCGCCGGAAGAUCUGGGCCGUCUCAUUUGCCCAGUUGCUCGCCAUCAUGUGCGGAUUCUUGACCACCGUUAUUACCAUACUUUUCAGCGUCGAGACUGUGCCGGAACAAUCAAUGCGGCGGCUUUCCCAACAGACGUGGUUCGGCACUCAGUCUGGCGGAGGCGGCGAUACUACGCAGUACUCUGUCACCCGGACAACACUAGGAAACCUUGCACAGCAGUAUGAAGCCAACAUCACGUAUCCGCAAAACACCUACGACAGUCUGGUCUUUCCGGCGCUCGGGGGUUUCGAAGACAUCGAUCAUGCAGCGAACAAGUCUCUGAGGUUCACAAUAGCAGCUGCGCAACCCCAGGCUAGCUGUUCGAAACUGCCAGACGACCAAUACAGCGUCAGCAUUCAAGAAGCAAAGUUGAAUUCGAAGAAAAUCUAUGAGGCGACCUUCUAUGAGCCGUUCACUUGUAGCGACACCAAACAAACACGAACCAACAUGACGAGAACAUUCAAAUCUACCGCCUCCGCUUCUAUUGUUGGAGAAGCAUACUUCGGGGGUGUUUUGGGAUCUCCUGAAAACUUUCGAGAUACCAUUGGGCCUUGCAAUCUUCGGUCGCAGGCCAACUUCGAAGACAAAGAGUUCUUCCCGACGAGGACGAAGACGUAUAUUUGGGGGAAACUGUCGGUGGCCCAGAAAGGCUUCGAAUAUUUAUCGGUUUGGAAGUGCAACUAUACCAUCGCGAAGGUCGACACCGAGGUCAAUAUGAUCAAUGUGGAUGGAGACUUCGUCGUGGACGUGGAGAAUCCACCAAAGCCCGACUCCGCCACCUUGGGUGUCUGGGACCCUGCCAUCAACCUGCCCCGGGAAUCAGGGCAAACCCCCGUCGGCUUGAUUCAGGAUCCCUAUCCAGACGUUGAAAUCCAAGACUCGUGGGCUGGCGAAAUGGACAACGAGUUCAAGGCGUUGUUGACUGCGACGGAUCGCCCGAUCCCUUUGAGUGCCCUUGGCUCUUCAACAUGGGAUGAGAGGAUACUACAUCAACUGACCUCCAAGUACGAGUUCCUCCAAGCACAACUGCUGAAUGUCGAGGGCCGUUUGGGGUUAUACCAGGACUCGAUCUCCACUAAAGCCCCUGGGUCUCUGCCAGCUGUUGACGCGGAAGUCACCGACAAGGGUCGGCGUCGCCUCAAGCAGAACGUAGUGGUCACCUACAUCGUCGUCGCGAUCCUGCUGGCGGUUUCAAUCAUCAACCUGCUUACGGUGAUCGUCGGAUCACGAAGCCAUGUCCUCUCCAUGAACACGCGCGGUCUUGCGCCGAAGGGGUUCAACAGCAUCGAGAGCAUGGUUGGGCUCCUUCGCGGCUCCAACGCCGUGGAACACUUGCCCGCCGGCACGGAGCUGCUCUCGGAACCGGAGCUCUACGGGCAAAUGUCUAAUCUCAACUUCCAGCUUGGGUGGUUCCAGAGACGGGACGGGAUGCGUAUUUAUACUGUUGGCGUUUUGGGGGAUGACGGCUUCGAAUUCAAGUUUUCUAAGCAGGCUUUCAAUUCUGGUCUUGAAAGGGUGCGACAGGCCACAUAUGAUACCUUUGCUUCUGCGUAUGGGGGGAAGAAGGCUUAG